CCAGAUCUGUACUGAGGUCUCUGAGAGGGAGCUAGCUGGCUGAGAGAGGGAAUAGGAGAGAGAGAGUGAGUGAGAGAGAAGCGAAUAGAGAGAAAGAUAACAAGGGACUUUGAGAGUUUGAGCGAGAGCAUUGUGUGGUCAAAGCCGGGGGACAUCUGUCAUCUUGACUGAGGACCAAGGGAGGAGGCGAGCAGAGAGUGUGACCAAGACUCUGAUAGAGAAGAGGACAGCCAUGCUUCCACCCAGCCCAGAGAGCCAGCCGUAAGAGACAAGAGACGGCCACCCCCCUCAGACAGGCCCCCCGGUGCCCCCGGUGCCCCCCAGACCAGCCCCCACCACAGCGCCUCCUGCGAAGACCAAGAGAGCCCCGAAAGGGUGGUCCAGAAGGAGAAGCUCCAUGCAGAGCUGAAGCAGGUGCUCAGCCUUAAGAGAAGCCACCUGAGUGAUCCGUGUUCCCUGGCCCAGCCUGAGAUGGACACAUCUGUGGAAACCCAGAUGGUGGAGGAGAGCGGUGCUGCCUUGGAGCAGCUGGUGGAGGUGGUGGUGGAGACGGAGGCGGAGGCCGGCGCGAGCGGCUACAGUGUGACGGGAGGAGGAACCAGAGGCAUCUUCAUAAAGGAUGUACUGAAAGACUCACCAGCAGCCAAGCAUCUCAGCCUUCAGCAAGGAGACCAGCUGCUGAGCGCUAGGGUUUACUUUGACAAUGUGAAGUAUGAGGACGCCCUGAAGAUCCUGCAGUGUGCUGAGCCUUACAAGGUCUCCUUCCUGCUGAAGAGAACCAUACCUGGGGCCGAUGUCACCGCCCACCCAGAAGGCACCAAUGUCGAGCUCAAAGGACCCAAGGUCAAGAUGCCCAAAAUGAGCGUCAAGAGCAUCAAACCUUUCAAGGUGAAGAAGAAGAGAGGAGGACGGUUUGGGUUGAAGAGGCUUAAGGAGAAGAAAGGAAGGGCAGGGGAGGUGGAGGUGGAGGGGUCUGCCCCCCGCCAUGUUGACAUAGAGUUCGCCCUGCCUAAGUUCAAACCCCAACGAGACGAGAAGGAGAGUGCGGAGGGAGCAGGUGAGCUCGGAGGAGGGGCAGCCAUGAUGAGGAAGAAGAAGAUCAGGUUUCCUCGGAUGAGAGUGAAGGGUUCUGCUGCGGCAAGUGGGGGAGUAGAGACCUCGCAGCUGGAGGGAACAGCUGACUUCGCCUCGUCUGAGGUCUCUGGAGCCAAAGUCAAGGCCAAAGGAAAAGGCCACAGGUUUGGAAUUAACUUCCCCAAAACCAAAAAGAUUAAAUCAGAACCCGGCAUGGCAGAGGGAUCCCUGGAUCUGAAAAUGCCUGAAGCCAAAAUCAAGCCACCCUCAGUCGAGUUUGGCUUCUCGUCUGGAAAUAAGGAUGUCGACCUGCCUAAACUGGAGGUGAAGGGGAAGGAAGGCAUCACGUUUCAACCCCCUGAGGUUGAGUUCUCACUCCCCUCUGGGAAAGCAGAUGUCUCUCUGCCCAGCAUUGAAUGCAAAGGAGCAGUGAAGGGUCAGAAGAUUAAUGUCAAAGGAGACAGUGAGGAUAUUAAAUUAAGGAUGCCAAAACUGAAAUUACCUAAAGUCAGGCUUUCGCGUAUUUCUGAUGAGACUGACGGAGACAUGAAAAUAAAAGCUGAAGGUCCAGAGAAGAAAGGUGGGGUGAAAAUGCCCGCAAUUGAUAUAACAACUCCUACAGUAGAUGUGGACUUUGCUCUGCCCAAAGGGAAAGGAGGGGUCGAGGGUGAGCUAAGGGCCCCUGAAGGAAAGCUGAAACACGGGGAGGGCAUGAAGGGUGGCAUAGAUGUCUCUUUACCUCAGGUGGGCUUCACAGGCCCUAAAAUAGAGGGAACUGAGGCAUCCGGGAAAGGUCCCAAGUUCAAAGUUCCAUCUGUGGACAUGUCCCUCCCGAAAGGUUCAGCGGAGGUCUCAAUGCCUGAUUAUGAGACGAAGGAGUAUUCUGGCCUUAAAAUGCCUGCUAUCGACAUAGACGCACCUAAUGUGGAUCUGGAGCUGGACACCGGAAUUAAGGUGUCAGAUGAAGUUGAAGGACCUAGUUUCAAAGGGCCAAGUAUCACCAUGCCCGAAGUAAACAUCUCCUUACCAAAGAUAGGGUCCCCAGAUGUGGAAUUUGAGGGACCGGAGAUAGGAAGGAAAAUGGACCUACCGAGUGUUGACAUCUCCUUCCCCAAGAUGAAAGCGGGAGAGACUGAUGUUGAUAUGAAGGAGUUUGUAGGUGGAGAGGGAAAGUUCAAAAUGCCCAACUUUGAUUUUAGUCUUCCCAAGAUCAAAUCACCAGAAGGGGGUGUGGAGUUGGAAGGACCCGAAGUCAAAGGGGGGUUCCACAUGCCCAAAGUAGACCUUUCAUUUCCCAAAGGUAAAACUGGAGCUGAUGUAGACAUUAAAGGUCACAACGGCAAAGGAGGAGGCAAGUUCAAAAUGCCCUCGUUUGAUGUUUCGCUCCCAAGUCUGAAGGCAUCCGGAGGGGAUGUCAAUGUGAAAGGAGCGGAUGUUGGGGGAGGAAAGUUUGACAUGUCGUUACCGAACACAGAGGGAGAAAUUGAUAUUGAAGGACCCUCAGGGAAAGGUGGUAAAUUUAAAAUGCCCACAUCUGACAUAUCUAUGCCUAAAGGGAGAGUUGAGGGGGACAUGGACGUGGACAGACAUUCUGGACAAGGAGGGGGGAGGUUCAAAAUGCCCUCAUUGGAUGUGUCUCUACCUAGCAUGAAAUCCACAGGGGGUGAGGUCGACAUAGAAGGACCUGAGGUGAAGGGAGGAACAUUUGAGAUGCCCAGUAUAGACUUUUCACUGCCUAAAGGUAAAUCCAAGGGAGAUUACAACAUUGAAGGACAUUCUGGAAAAGGAGGGAAGUUUACAAUGCCAUCCUUAGAUAUUUCGCUUCCCAAAAUGAAACUCCCAGAGGGGAAUGUUGACUUUGAGGGCCAAAAUAUCAAAGGGGGCAAGAUCAAUAUGCCUGCAGUAGGUGUAGCCUGUCACACAGGAAAGGUUGAGGGUGACAUAAAUAUAGUGUCAGAUACAGGAAAAGGGGGCAAGUUUAACAUGCCCUCCCUUGAUGUAUCUUUACCUAAAAUGAAGUUACCUGGGGGGGAGGGGAAAAUGGAAGGCCCUAAAACAAAGGGAGGCAAGUUUGAGAUGCCCUCAAUUGAUAUUUCUCUUCCGAAAGGAAACGUUGAAGGAGAUAUUGAAGGACCUUCUGGGAAAGGAGGAAAGUUUAAAAUGCCCACAUUUGAUGUGUCUCUACCCAAGAUUAAGUCAAAAGAUGGAGAGGUCAACAUUCAAGGACCUGAGGUUAAAGGAGGCACGUUUGAGAUGCCCUCAAUUGACAUUUCUCUUCCAAAAGGAAAGGUAGAAGGAGACAUUGACUUUGAAGGAACUUCUGGAAAAGGAGGAAAGUUUAAAAUGCCCACAUUUGAUGUGUCUCUACCAAAGAUGAAACUCCCUGAGGGUGAGGUCAACAUUGAAGGACCUGAGGUGAAGGGAGGGAAGUUCCACAUGCCCUCGGUUGACCUUUCACUGCCCAAAGGAAAAGUAGAGGGUGACAUCAAUGUUGAAGGAACGUCUGGAAAAGGAAGCAAGUUUGACAUGCCUUCACUAGAUAUCUCUUUUCCCAAAGUCAAGUUACCAGAGAGUGAGGUCAAGGUUGAAGGCCCUAAAGCGAGAGGAGGAAAAAUCGAGCUGCCCACAAUUGAUUUAUCACUUCCAAAAGGAAAAGCGGAGGGGGAAAUAAACAUUGAAGGAAAAGGCAAAAAAGGAGGAAAGUUCAAGUUGCCCACUUUUGACAUCUCUCUCCCAAAGAUGAAGUCAAAGGAGAUACACAUCAAGGGUCCUGAAAUCAAAGGUGGCAAGUUAGAAAAGCCCUCUGUUGAUAUUUAUUUGCCCAAAGGGAAAGUUGAUGGAGACAUCAAUUUGGGAGGAGAUGCAGGAAAAGGAGCAGGUGGGAAACUCAACAUGCCUUCGCUGGAUGUCUCACUUCCUAAAGUCAAGUCACCAGAGGUUGAUGUGAGUCUUGAAGGAGCUGAAGUAAAAGGUGGAAAAUUCAAAAUGCCAACUUUGGACGUUUCACUUCCAAAGAUGAAGACCAAAGAUGGGGACGUCAACAUCGAAGGCCCAGAGGUCAAGGGAGGCAAGUUUCAUCUCCCCUCUGUAGAUUUUUUGCUUCCCAAGGCAAAGAGUGACAUAUCUCUUCCCAAAAUGAAGACAGCGGAAGGUGAGGUCAACAUUGAAGGUCCCGAGAUAAAGGGAGGGACGGUUAACAUGCCAUCACUAGAUAUAUCACUUCCUAAAGUUGAGUUACCAGAAGGAAAGGUCAAGGUGGAAGGACCUGACACCAGGGGAGGAAAGUUCAAAAUGCCCUCAAUUGAUAUAUCUCUUCCAAAAGGCAAAGUGGAGGGAGACAUUGACCUUGAAGGACCUUCUGGAAAAGGAGGAAAGUUUAAAAUGCCCACGUUUGAUGUGUCUCUAUUAAAGGUGAAACUCCCUGAGGGUGAAGUCAACAUUGAAGGACCGGAGGUGAAGGGAGGGAAGUUCCACAUGCCCUCAGUUGACCUUUCACUGCCCAAAGGAAAAGGUGAUAUUGAGAUCGAAGGACCACCUGGAAAAGCAGGAAAAUUUCACAUGCCCACAUUUGACGUAACGCUACCAAAAAUUAAGUCAAAAGAAGUUGACAUUAAUGUUGAAGGCCCCGACAUCAAAGGAGGAAAAUUUCACAUUCCUUCAAUUGACCUUUCAAUGCCUAAAGGAAAAAUGGAGGGUAACAUUGAUGUUGAAGGACCCUCUGGAAAAGUGGGCAAGUUUCACAUGCCCAAACUGGAUGUUUCUUUACCAAAGAUGACAUUUCCUGAGGGAGAUGUCAAAGUAGAAUGCCCAGACGUGAAAGGUGGCAAAAUCCACAUGCCCACUGUAGACAUAUCUCUCCCCAGAGGAAAACCAGAGGGAGAGAUGGACAUUGAAGGACAUGGUGGCAAAGGAGGCAAGUUCCACAUGCCCUCCAUAGAUAUAUCUCUUCCCAAAGUCAAGUCACCAGAAGGUGAAGUCAAGAUCGAAGGCCCAGAUACCAAAGGAGGGAGGUUUAUGAUGCCCUCCAUCAACUUCUCUCUUCCGAAGGGAAAGGCUGAGGGGGGAGUUGACAUUGAAGCACCAUCUGGAAAAGGAGGAAAGUUUAAAAUACCCACAUUUGAUGUGUCUCUACCCAAGAUGAAGUCCAAAGAAGGUGAGGUUAAAAUUGAAGGGUCUGAGGUUAAAAUUGAAGGGUCUGAGCUGAAAGGAGGUAAGUUUGAGAUGCCUUCAAUUGACAUUUCCCUUCCGAAAGGAAAAGCUAAUGUUGAUAUUGAAGGUCCAGAAGCUAAAGGAGCUAAAUUCCACAUGCCCACAGUGGACUUGUCUUUUCCCAAAGGAAAAACCGAUGUGGAAAUUGAAGGACAUUCUGGCAAAGGUGGAAAGUUUAGCAUGCCUACAUUUGACAUCUCACUACCAAAGGCUACACCUAAAAAAGCUGAGGUCAACAUUGAAGGACCUGAGAUUAACUGUGGCAAGUUUCACAUGCCCUCAAUAGAUAUUUCUCUUCCUAAGGGAAAAGUUGAGGAUGACGUUGACUUGGAAAGGCCUUCUGCAAAAGGAGGCAAGUUCCACAUGCCGAAAUUUGAUAUAGCUCUACCUAAAGUCAAGUUACCAGAGGGCAAAGUCAAGAUAGAAGGCCCAGAAGUCAAAGGAGGCAAUGUUGAAAUGCCCUCGAUUGAUCUUUCACUGCCUAAAGCUAAAGUUGAAGGUGACAUCAACAUUAGAGGAGACACAGGAGCAAAAGGGAAUUUCAACAUGCCCUCGCUGGAUAUCUCACUUCCUAAAGUCAAGUCACCAGAGGUUGAGGUGAAUCUUGAAGGACCUGAAGCAAAAGGAGGAAAAUUCAAAAUGCCAACUUUGGAUAUUUCACUCCCAAAGAUGAAGACCAAAGAUGGGGAGGUCAACAUCGAAGGCCCAGAGGUCAAGGGAGGCAAAUUCCAUCUCCCUUCUGUAGAUCUUUCGCUUCCAAAAGCAAAGGGUGACUUAUCUCUUCCCAAAAUUAAGACACCAGAGGGUGAGGUCAACAUUGAAGGUCCCGAGAUAAAAGGAGGAAAGUGUGAAAUGCCAAAAAUAAAUAUUUAUCUUCCUAAAGGCAAAGCUGAGGGUGGAAUUGAGAUUGAAGGACCUUCUGGAAAAGGAGGCAAGUUCCAUAUACCUACACUAGAUGUCUCAAAACCAAAGUUGAAAGAGGGUGAGGUCAACAUUAAAGGCCCUGAGAUCAAGGGGGGUACGUUUGAAAUGCCUACGAUAGACUUCUCACUUCCCAAGAAGAAAGGGCAGGCUGAGAUGGAGGUGGAUGUUGAUUCCACUGGGAAAAAAGGCGGCAAGGGACUACACUUCCCAACAGUUGACAUAAAAGUACCAAAGUUUGACAUUGAUCUGAGCCUUCCGUCUGGCGGUAAAGAUGCCACACUGAAAAGGGACAUAAGUGGCCCUGAUGCUUCUGGUGGUAUUGAUAUGCCUGAUGUCAAUCUAAAGAUGCCAUCCAUGCAAAAGUUUGGACUUAAAGGAGAUGUAAACCUACCAAAGGUGAAAGAUCAGGGCCUGGAUGUGGAGGCAAGCGGAGAAUCUACAGGGGGUGCCAUCAAGCUGCCUACAGUCAAACUGCCAACGGUCGAUAUAUCUGCUCCAAAAGUGGACCUGGGUUUCAGCCUGUCCAAACAUAAAGGGGAUAAUCGGGAAGAACUAGAGCUCCUUAAAGCUGAGGGAGGGCGGCCAUCUUCUGGGGCUAGCUUUGAGAUGCCUGACGUUUCCCUUAAAAUACCCAAGUUCUCUAUGCCAAAAUUUGGAGGAAAGUCCAAAAGUGAUGUAGAACUGAGUGGACAUGUCCCAGAGGGAGAUAUGAAACUCAGCCCACCAAAGGUAGAGGUGGAGGGCAGGAUGCCAUCAGCUGAACUAGACAGUUCAACUAGUCAGGGGAAGGUGAAAAUAAAGGUUAAAAAGCCCAAAAAGAUGUUUGGAAUGACAAAGAAAGAUGCAGACCUUUCUGUGUCUGGCCCUGAGGUGGAUAUCAAGGUCAAGAAAGGAAAAGUGGACCUUCCCAAGCCAGAGGUGAAUGUGGAAGCCCCUGAGGUAAAAUCGAAAUACAAACUAAAAUUCCCUAAAUUUAAAAUGUCAUCUCCCAAAGCUAAAGUAGAUGGAGGAGAGAUAGAUGCCUCGCUGGAAGGCGGGGCAGAUGGAAAAGCAGGCUUCCAUGCUCCUGAUGUCACCAUGAAAAUGCCCAAGUUCUCCAUGCCUGGAUUUGGUUCAAGGGAGGCUGGUGUUGAUGGCCACAGCCGUGACUUUGAUGGCAAGGGCAAGUUAAAGAUGCCCUCAGUAGGGAUAUCCCUGCCAUCUGCCAAGACUUCAGAGAGAGAGGUGUUGCUACCUAAAGCAGAGGUGGAUGUGUCUGAAGACGAUAUCAGAGGCUAUGAAGGAAAUCUGAAAAUUCCUAAGAUGCCGUCAAUAGACAUAUCAGUUCCGGACAUAGAUCUGGAUGUGUCUCUUCCCAAAGUGAAGCAUGACAGCAAAAUUGAGGGACAAGGAGGAACAUUCAAAAUGCCCAAGAUUAAAAUGCCUGAUGUCGACCUGUCUUUACCCAAAGGAAAAACUAGUAAUGUUGAUGCAGGGAUAGAAAUUGAAAGUGAUGGUGGAAAAUUCAAGAUGCCCCAUAUCAAAAUGCCUGAUAUUGAUUUAUCGUUGCCCAAAGGAAAAGGUGGAAAGAUCGAAGCGCCAGAUACAGACGUUAAAGGAGAAGGGGGAAGACUCAAAAUGCCAACAGUUAACUUAUCGCUUCCUAAGGGAAAAUCUGGGGAUAUCGAUGAAGAGAUAGAGCUGGAGGGUAAGGGAGGGAAAUUCAAGCUGCCACAUGUGAAAAUACCACACCUGGACAUAGCUCUGCCAAAAGGAAAGCAUGGUGAGAUUGAAGGUCCAGAGGUGGAAAUUGAAGGAAAAGACGGAACAUUCAAGAUGCCUCAUGUGAAGAUGCCUACAGUUGAUUUAUCACUUCCUAAAGGAAAAACUGGAGAAAUUGAAGGUCAAGAGAUUGAAGUAGAUAGUGGAAGAUUCAAAAUGCCUGGAAUCAAACUGCCAAAUGUUGACAGAUCUCUUCCUAAAGGAAAAACUGGAGAUGUUGACGUUAAAAUGGAGAUGGAGGGUAAAGGAGGGAAAUUCAAGAUGCCUCAUGUAAAAAUGCCAAAUGUUGAUAUUUCUUUGCCCAGAGGAAAAGCUGGGGAAAUAGAAGGCCCAGAGAUAGAAAUUGAAGGAAAAGGAGGCAAAUUCAAGCUGCCUCAUGUGAAAAUGCCACAUGUGGAUAUUUCUUUGCCUAAAGGAAAGCAUGGUGAGAUUGAAGGUCCAAAGAUUGAAAUUGAAGGAGAGCCUGGGAAAUAUAAAACACCUGGAUUAAAACUUCCAAAUAUAGAUAUAUCUCUUCCAAAAGGAAAAUCUGGAGACGUUGAUGCAGAUAUGGAGAUAGAGAGGAAAGGUCAUUUCAAUAUGCCUAAUGUGAAAAUGCCAAAUGUUGAUUUUUCUCUGCCUCGAGGACAAACUGGGGGCAUUGAACGCCCUGAGAUGAAAAUUGAAGGAAAAGGAGGAAAAUUCAAGAUACCUCAUGUCAAAAUGCCUGCAGUUGAUUUUUCACUUUCUAAAGGAAAUGCUGCUGAGAUUGAAGGUCCAGAAAUGGAAAUUGAGGGAGAUGGUGGAAAGUUCAAAAUGCCUGAAAUCAAACUUCCAAAUGUAGACAUUUCUCUUCCUAAAGGAAAUUCUGGAGAUGUUGAUGCAGAGAUUGAGAUGGAGGGUAAGGGAGGGAAAUUCGAGAUGCCUCAUGUGAAAAUGCCAACUGUCGAUAUCUCUCUACAGAAAGGGAAAACAGCAGACAGGCCAGAUAUGCAGGCGAGAGGAGAAGGUGGUACAUGUAAAAUGCCAGUUGCAGUUGACAUAUCCCUCCCUAAAGGGAAAUCUGGAAUUAUCAGUUCGCCUGAGUUGGAAACAGAGGGAGAUGGUGGGCGAUUUAAAAUGCCUGGUUUCAAGCUACCCACGACGGAUGUUUCAAUAUCGAAGGACAAGUCAAGUAAAUAUGAUUCAGAUAUCAAACAACCAAGUAUUAAGGGAGAGGGGAGCAUUACAGUGCCAAAGAUCAUGACCCCAGAUCUUGACUUGGAAGGGAGUGUUGGGGAACCCAAAUAUGGAGAUGAGGCCCAUGUGGAAACGCCAGAUGACCAUGCAGAACGAGAACACAGGGGCCUGAAACUGAAGAUGCCAGUGUUGGACAUUGCAGGUCUAAAAGGAGGUGUAGAGCUGGAUUUAGGCUUGCACAGAGGAGAAGGAAAAAAGAACAGAAAGAGAAUAGAGCUGCCUGACUUGGAACUCAGCACCCCUGCUGCCAGCGGCAAAGUCAAAGGUCCCAAAAUGAAAGGCUCAAAAUUCAAAAUCGGCAUGCCAAAGAUGAAGAAUAUCGACCCGGUAGUAGACGUGCCUGUAAAGAAACCUGGGAAAGAAAAUGAAGGGAUCAGUGGCCAAUUCAAAAUCAAAAAGACCAAGCUGAAAGGUGUCAUUCCUGAGGCAGAAGUCAGUGGCUCAGUACUACCAAAUAUCUCCCUACCCGAUGCAACUUUCACAGGUCCCAAUGUCUCCCCCGGCCACAUUGAGGGCCCAGAUGUCAAUGCCAAAAUCAAACACACGGAUGUUGAAAUCUCAGGUCCUUCAAAAUCAGGACAAGGAGGGGCCUGGGUCGACAAUGAAUGCCAAGACGGUAAAGGGAAUAUUAAGAUUCAGAUGCCAAAGGUCACUUUGCCCACAAUGGGCAUGAAGACCAAAUCAGGCCAAGCUGAGGCUGCAAGUCCAGAGUCAAAAAACAGCUUCUCACUACCAACUGCACCGCAGGUUCCUAGGAUACCAGAGAUAGACUUUGAUAUUGGAUCUUUCCAGGAUGACGAUGAGCAGAAAGAUAUGGCAAAGGGCAAGAAGAUCAAAAUACCCAAAUUUGGAGUGCCUUUGCCCUCUAUCUCCUCUCCUGAAGGCAGGCUACAUAUGUACGGGCCAGAUGUUGAGUAUGAAGGUCCUAAAAUCCCCAAAGUCAAGAAGGCUGUGUUUGUCUUGGUGAACCCCCAAGCAGACCAGUCUAUGUCCACUAGUUUCUCUGGGGCUGAGGCUCAGGUGGAGACGGGAGAGGCCAAAAUCACGAUGCCCCAAAUCAAAAUCAAGCAAAGCUAUGGAAAGUUGGGAUUGGACAAUGAAGCAGCUCUGAGCACAGAGGGAGAUGCAGAAGGAGAAGAGAAGUCCAAAGGAGCGAAGAUCAAAAUGCCCAAAGUUUCCUUCUCUCAUGGAAAGACAGAUUCAUUUGUCAAAGAUGAGGGCUCAAGUUCAGGCUUCAAUGGUGAGGAAGCCCCUUCCUUCCACAAUGGAUCCAAGGACGUUAAAGCCAAACCAGUAAAAAUCAAGCUCCCGAAAGUCGAGUUCACUUCCCCAUAUUCAAAGACAGGAAGUGAACAGGAGGUUGCAGAGAUGAGCGCCAGGCUGGUGACAGAGCCCUCGGGAGGAGAUGCAGAGAGCAAGGGUGUGAAAGACAAGUCGGGAAAGAUGAGCUUCCCUAGGUUUAAGAUGACGACUGAGACAAGAGUGGAGGAGGAAGAAAGGGGCAACGUGGUGUGGUCAUUGGCCCGGACAGAGAUGCUGGAGCGGGAAAACUCAGAGUCCCCUACUGGACUCACCUUCGGAGGGCCCUCCUGUUCUUUGCAGGUGGAGGCCCAAAGUGAAGAGAUGGAGCCCGAAGUGACAAAAAGCUCCACCUGUUUCAAGGUACCCAAGUUCCACCUCAAGCCUCACUCUACAGGAUUCCUUGACAUCACUCCUGAGGGUUCUCCUAAGGCGAGCAGAACCUCGCUGCAGGUCGAGGGUCUGGAAGGGGAGACAGCUGGAACGUUCCGUCUGCAGACAUCUGGGAUUGGGUUUUCCACCCAGGAGGUGUCUGAGGAACAUCACAUGACCACGUCAAGUGAAGGAACCGUCACAAUGGUGACCAAGACCACCAAGCACACAGUUACAGAGACCAGUAAGGGGGGAAGCCACACCACAGUGAAACAGUACCAGUACUAAACACAUACACCACUCAUUUGCAGUAGCUGCAACCACAGAAGUUUGAGAAGAUCAAUGUUUUAUCCCUCUUUCUUUUUUUCAUUUUACAUGUGACCAUUGUUUUUGUAAUUGUUCCUCCCUUUGUUGGUAAUAGAGAGUUGAAUCUUUGAUGAUGGUUUUACUGGCUUCAAUCUGAAUGUAAUCAUCAUUGUCAAUUUAUUAUUUAUUGUUGUUUAUAACUGCUAGGUCUCAUAAAAGUAGUUAUGAGAAUAAUUUCACAUUCAUUAUUCAUAUUCACGGUGGUUCCCUAAGAUCUAUUUACACCAAAGAAAUAUUUAUGUAAAUACAUUUAUAUUGUGGCUUAUUACAUCUGUAGCCCUCCUUGAAACUAUGUAAUUAUUUUCAUAUUAGCACCCAUAGGAAUAGAAAGGAUUUCUGUUUGGUGAUCUGUGUCUAUUUUCUGCUAGGCUUGAAUGAUGAAGUGAGGUUGAAGAUUUAACUAUUAACUUUUUCUCUGCUUGUUUUUAUUUCUGUUCAUUAUAUACGUCUUUUUUUAAUUUAUCACAAUCCACAAUUAAUUGAACAGCCACAUGUUGUCAGCUGCUGCAAUGUCAGAUGCCAAACCUUACAGUAGAGUCUAUCACCUCACAUUAUGUAAAGCCAUGGUCUACAAAAACUGAGCACGUUCACUUUUAUAAAAGGGUUUGAUUGUUUCAAAAAUAGAUGCAAAGAAAAAAAAAUCAGACAAGAACAGAUACUGUGUUCUUUACGCUUAACACACACAUCUAAUUUGUGAGCUCUUAUUUAGUUUUUUUGUUCUUUUGAUGGGUUGAAUUGAGUAUUAAACUGUUAUGUUUCCAAAAUCAUCUGUCAAGUCAAAACAAGUUUACAGUUUUCAUUAACAAUAUUGACAUAUAACCGUAGAGUACAGAGAGUAGGCCUAUAUUACAGAACUAGAAUGAGGGCACACCCACAGCACAAUCAGAUGCACGCAGUGUAACAGUAUAUAUAUAUAUAUGUAUAGAGAGAUUUUUUAUGAAAAAAACCUUUCUGGAUUAGCCUCUUUCAAAUCUUUCUUUUUCAGCGCAUUAGGCUUCACCAGCGGCAAUAGAGAAAAUGUUGUUAAAUUGAUCAUAUUAAUAAACUGCUUAUUCAUAAGAAAACGUAA